AUGGCAGGUCUUUGUGGGGAAAGAUGCGCCAAGAUCAUCGCAGAGCUGCCUGACGGAACCACCAAAAACUAUUUCCUGAAAGUGGUCUUCAAGGGGCCAACUGGUUCGAUCAUGUGCGAGGGAGAAUUCGAAUUCAUGAAGUCUCUUCACAAUGUCAUGCCAACCAUUACCCCGAAGCCGUGGGCCUGGGGGGAAUAUAAGAAGAAAGAACGUUACUUCAUGCUCACAGACUUCAGGGAAGGUCGGCGCAAGGUUUGGCCCAAGCUGCACAAGAAGUCCGGUUUCCCAACUGGCAAAUUUGGCUUUCAUACCACACUACCUGUCACGUCCAUACAUAUGUUCACGACGGAUCUCGACAAAAACGGACGCUGGCCUGAAUUCGAACGGCUCUGCGAUCUGACGUUUGAAUCCUCUUCAGAGCGAGGACAGAAGUAUAAAGCCGUGCCUCCUUUCAUGGAGACUGUUGGGAUGAGAAUACAGCAAGAUACGUGGAGACGGGAGAACCAUUUAUCUUCGAUGCCGGCUCGUUCUAACGGCCACAACGAGGUAUUCGAAGAUAUGAAGGAAUUGUGCCGCACCUACUGCCCUGGUGAUUAUCGUUUACUUGUUAAAGGGCCACAAAUCCGCGCGCAAGAUGAUAUGUACUCGGAGGCAAAGGAAGCAGAGGAUGAGGAAGAAGAAGGAGGAGGAGGAGGAUGA